AUGGCGCCUCUCGUCCCGCGAUUCCACCUCUUCGAGAUUGACGACCAGCCAUGGUUUCCCUCGUUGAUCCGCGGGCAGGUUCAAGAAGCCCUUCACGCAACAUGGGUGAACAAGUUCCCCAUCCUCCAAACCGCCUCUCCCGCAAACCUGGCCGCCCAAGUCCUGCAACGCAUCCUCGGCCCCCGCCUGCCCUCGUACACCUUCAUCGACUUCUGCGCCGGCUCCGGCGGUCCCACCCCGGCCAUCGAGCGCGCCGUGAACCGCCACCUGACCGCCAAGAAGCAGCCCAACGUCGACUUCGUCCUCACCGACCUGUGGCCCAACACGGAGAGCUGGGCCCGCGCCGCCGCCAAGAGCGAGCACAUCGGCUACGAGCCCAAGAGCGUCGACGCCGCCAACGCGCCCCUCGACCUGCUGGCGGGCUACCGCGGCAAGGACAAGAAGAUCUUCCGGCUCUUCAACCUCGCCUUCCACCACUUUGACGACCCCCUGGCCAAGGCCAUCUUGAAGAACACCCUCGAGACGUCCGACGGCUUCGCCAUCUUCGAGCUGCAGGGACGCGACUGGAACUCCAUCGUCUUGCCCGCCAUUCUCGGUCUCGGGGUGUUCCUGCUGGCCCCUUAUCACGCCUGGAGGCUGGGGUCGUUUUCGGUCCUCAUCUUCACCUACCUGAUUCCCAUCCUGCCCUUUGUCCUCGUCUUCGACGGGUACAUCUCGGCGCUGAGGACGAGGACGCCUGACGAGGUCGAGGCAUUGAUGAAGUCGUGUGGUGCGCGGACGGAUGGCUGGGAGAUCAAGAGCGGUAAGGACGCGCACAUGCCUGGCCUCGGGUACAUGAGUUGGAUUGUGGCAGAGAAAAUUUCCUCCAGAGACUGGUGA